GGCCGAACCGUCUCGGCCCGGGCAGAGAAAAUCGAAAUUUCUUUAGCCUUUCCAACAAGAAUGGAAAUCACUUGUCGAACUUAACAGAUGCGAUUGCAGCACGGAACGUGCAAAUUUUUUUAGCAUUUUGUGCUCACUCUUAAUAUUGCAGUCAUUAGGUAAAAUAAAUCUUCGCAGCACAAGUUUUUUGAGUCACGAGACGUCAUUGGUUUAAAUGCCAAAGUUACAUCCGAUUUCAUUGGUUCAUCGUGGGCGGUAUGUGUUUCCCAUAGUAUCAAGCAUGUGGCGGUCAAGUAUCAACAGAACUUUGUCACACCACCAGAGAUUCUGAGGGAUCUCUUGUAGGCCACGCUAUGGAAUACAUACACUGCAUUACCAGAUCUUGACGUUUGACCCUUGACCUCCAGCAAUGGGGGACCCCAGUUUAAGCAACCUGACUGCCAGCUUGGAGGAGCUAUCCCUCAAGAAACAGCUCCCCCUGCGCCAGACGACCCAGAAACCGGUGCUGAAAUAUAACCAACAGAUAACCAGACCCAACCAGUUCUACAAUCAGCAGAAAGUGAUAGCUAUAGGACCGGACGGGAACAGCGCCUAUGGCAACAUCAACCAAGCAGCCUUGACCUCUUCUAUGGUCCCUACUCCUUUCAGGGUAAGCCGUCACCCUAACCCGGCGCCAGUCCCAUUUAACAAGCAGGGAGGACAGACAUACAUUGCUCCAAACAAUGUAGGCAAACCUCUUGUUUCUCAGGCUGCCAAACCACUCACCAAUCCUUACAACCGCCCACUCAGUGCCAAGGACAUUGUGUCGGAUCUACUGAACCAAAAUCAUCAGAAAAUGAUAAAAACUUUUGCAUCCUCUCAAAGUUCUGCUGCCCCGUCAUCUUCAGCUGGCCCGGGGAACACCGGCAGUGUUUCUAGUAACACCAGUGGGGGAACAUUUCCUGUGAACUCUUUUAUGAGACCUCAGAGUGCAGUCAAAAAAGAGACUAAAGUGGUGCAGAAGGAAAUCUUAGCUCCUAAGGAGGUCGGAGGACUUCAAAGAGAGGCUCACAUUGUUAUAAAAGAGCCUGGUAUUAGUAAUUCAUCAAAGGAUCAAAACGUGAAAUUCAGUAGCAAUGAUGGUGUGAAGAAAGUUGUGAAAUUGAACAUCGAUCAGACGGACAGUGAUAAUAGCAAGGCAAAGUCUGCUCCCUUGAGUCAAAAGACCGUCACGCAACAGGGUGACCAAGUCAUCACUCGGCAAGGGUCAAAUGGGGUGACUGUUAUCCAAAAAGUGGCUGCCCCUCCCAACUUUGGAACUCAGAUUAACACCAUUAUAUCAAAAGUCACAGAGUCCAAAACCGAGUCGAUACCAAGCAAUGUAAGUUCCAAACCGGCCACACUAAAGCAGCCCUCAUCAUCUACUUCCCUCCCCAAACCAGGAAUGUCCAGUAACAACACCAAAGAAUCUCCCAGCAAAAUACGCAAUCUGAACUACACCCCAACUAAACCUUAUGAAGAGGUGAAAGAUCCCAUAUCAAAAAUUAUUAAGGAAGAGGAAAAGAAUUCAAAGCAUCAGCCAGCGACUUUAGAAACACCAAUUUCAGAGAAGAAACCACCCAAACCGGACACAUGGGCCAAUCAGCUGAAGCAGCCAGUGCCGUCCACUGUAUCUGGCCACGGGACAUCUUACUAUCGGAAAGGAUCAAAAUCGGAGGUGAUGGUGCAUGAACAGAGGCCUCCUGUUUUGGGAGCUCCAGCAAGGAAGCAGAAGAUUCUGGAUAAAGCGGAUGUUGAGGAUGACGAUGAGGAGGAGGAGGAGGAUGGAUCCACCCCUGGGGAACGCCAGCCUGGAGAUGGCGAGGCCUCAGUGAAUGGAGACUUAGACGAUGAUGAUGAUGAUGAUGAUGAUGGAAUUGAUAAUUUAGAUGAUGACUGUGUUGAUUCGGAAGGCUCGGAUGGAGGGUCUGAUGGCUAUUCUAUCACAAGUAGUCUGUCCCGUCGGUCGUCUUCGGCCCGCUCUCGUGCCAAGUCUGCCAGCACCAUGCGACCUGUCACAGGUGUUCGACAGAUUAGUACACCUAGUGAAGAUGACGUACGUCCCCGUACCGUGAGACCGGCAACUGCGGUUCCGGCCAAACCAGCAAUCCGUUCCCCGCUUACAAAGAGUCUGUUUCCCAACAUCCCGCCCACUAUUAGUUUCGAGACGGAAGGAUUUAAAGUGGAACAACUGCCAUGGGAUUUGCGGAAACUUCUGAAGUGGAGAAUGAGUCCGAUCACACCAAACAUUGUGAAACAUACACUGGCCCGGUCACACUUCAGAAUUACCAAACGAAACCACGACUGGCUGGGAUGCUGGGGUAAACACAUGAAGUCUUUGGGAUUUAAAUCAAUCCGAGAAUAUCAGAAGCUCAAUCACUUUCCCGGAUCUUUUCAAAUUGGCCGUAAGGAUCGCCUAUGGAGGAAUCUGUCCAAGCUUCAGGUUCAGAAUGGAAAGAAGGAGUUCGGGUUCUUCCCCCAGACUUUUGUCUUACCAUCAGACAUGAAGCUGUUAAAACGAGCCUGGGAAGAUGGUGGAACCAAACAAAAGUGGAUCGUCAAACCACCCGCCUCAGCCAGAGGUAUAGGAAUCAAAGUCAUCAACAAGUGGAACCAGAUACCACGGAAACGACCUGUCAUUGUUCAGAAAUACCUCGGUCGCCCCUACCUUAUCAAUGACAGCAAGUUUGACAUGCGUAUCUAUGUUUAUGUCAGCAGCUACGACCCUCUCAGGAUUUAUAUUUUUGAGGAUGGACUUGCUCGAUUUGCUUCCAUGAAGUAUUCUACGGCUAUGAAAAAUGUCAACAACAAGUUUAUGCACUUAACGAACUACAGCGUGAACAAGAAAAAUGCAGAUUACCAGGCCAAUGGUGAUGAAGCAGUGUGUCAAGGUCAUAAAUGGGGACUGAAGGCGCUGUGGAAUUACAUGAAGAGACAGGGAGUUAACACUAACCAGGUCUGGGAGAGCAUCAAGGAUCUCGUCAUCAAAACCAUUGUGUGUGCCGAGUCACCCAUCAAUAGCAUGAUCAAGUCUAACUGCCGCAGCAGAUACUGUGUCCAUGAGUUAUUCGGAUUUGACGUCCUUCUGGAUGAGACUCUGAAGCCGUGGAUUUUAGAGGUCAACAUAUCACCUAGUUUACAUUCCAACUCGCAGCUGGAUAUCAACAUCAAAGGUCAGAUGAUCCGAGACCUGAUGAACAUCGCAGGCUUCAGAAUUCCAGACAAAGCUGAUGUUCUCCACAGUAAUUCAACAGCACCCAGUGCUACAGAAUUCAGUUCCUAUCAUCCCCCAAAUGACUUAUGUAUGGACAAAAGGUUGUUUACCAGUAUACUUGCCCCCGAUGAGCGUGCCAAACAUGCUUACUACUGCCAAAGACACCAAGAUGAGCAAACUUUGCAGUCAAUUUUGGAUGUUUUGACGCCAGAUGAUAUUCGAGUUCUGACAGAGUGCAUCGAUGAAGACAGCAGGAAGGGUUGCUUCCAGCGCGUGUUUCCAACCCCAUCUUCCCACAAGUACUUGCGAUACAUGGAGGCCCCACGGUACUACAACCUCCUGGUCAGUCAGUGGGUUCAGAGAUUUAACAGGAUGGAACAAAAAGGAAUUGCCAUGCUGGAAGGAUUUUGUGAGGACGGGCUUCAUCUCCAAAAUCCUACGGAGGACCCCAAUCAUCAGUGGUGCCCUCCCAAUGGUCUUUUGAGCCAUCGAGGCGAAAACAGGACACACAGCGCCCCCAGUAAACAUGUGGAGAAGGAUGGCACACACAAACACAGUCAAUCAUCGUCCUCAGGUCUGCCUAAAAUGGGCAAAAAACCUCCUAAAGCACCCAGUCACAGCAUGUUGGGAUCAGCCCGCACCUUGUCACAGUGUAGUUCCGCCUCGUCGUCAGCUCCUUCAUUCACCUCACCCACACCUUCACAAACUGUCAGCAAAGCUGCUACUCCCUCCAGAUGACUGGCGGUCCGCUUACCUCCCCUUAAGGAACUCUUCAAUGGAAGUAUGCCCAUGUUUAAUUCUGCAAGAUACCAGAGACAUGUCCUGAAGCCGUUAGUCCGACAUAGUGCCGAUGUUAGCUUGGAUGCAGUUCGGCGAGCUCAGCUUAAUCGGAAAAAGAAACGGAUUCAACUGCGGACAUCAGAGAAAUUUUUCUAGUCUGGAUCAUAGAAAGCCUUAACAUUGGACUUGUACAGCUUCCCUUCCAGGAUAGUCCCCUUUUAAAGAAACUUUGCCCUUCAUUUAUAUGUACCUUAGCAUCUUAUGAUGUAUGUUACAGGAAAUCAAUUUGUGCCUUCACUGUCAAGAUCCUUUGCCUUGGUUCAUUAUCAAACAUUGCUGCCUUCAGCUCAUACUCAUGGAGUGUUCUACAUAGAAUCUGUGAUACAAACAGGAGCAGUAUUACUGCUUGAAUAUUGCUUUGGGUGAAUUCUGUGCAGAAUUGUAAGUGAGCAGGAUGUUAGAAUGUGUGCAAGGUCUCAAAUAAGUUUGCUCAAUUAAAGUCUCAUUCAGGGUGUUUGAUGUGCAGGGUUUGUACAUAAUUUUUCUUGUCACUUGGUUACCUCUUUGAAGUUCCUAAGAGUACGAUGUACCAUGUACCAUUACUCGAGACACGGAAAGUCUUCAGAAAGUUCACAUUUUCCACAGGGUUACUUUUAGGAAUGAGUGAUACAAUUUACCGUCACACGAGACACAAUAUCCACACCGUCCAGUCUUUUUUUCAAUAAUUGCCAACUUGUGCCAAAUACUACAAAUCGUCUUGGAUGGAAUGGAUGGUUAGGGAAAGCGAGGAAUUAAUCACAGCCUGGACACCAGUUGCAUGUAUUUUGUUGAAAUAGUGCAUGAUGUGUGUUGUUUUAACCAAACUCCCUGUAGAUACAUGUAUAGUAUUAACAGUCAGGUAUGGUUUUAAAGAUCUCAGAAACGCUCCAACAUUGAAUAAUAUUUGGCAUUUUUAAGUGUUGUGAUAAAGAAGAAAAAUAUUUAAAGACAGAAAAUGAUGUGACCAAGUUGAUGUACUAAAAAAGGGAGUGAGCAAUAUUGUUGUAUUGACUGCCGCUGCCUACAUUUUCAGCUGUGAGGAGUCUUCGGAGAGUGUGACAUUGCUUGAUUCGGACUCCACGUCAUCUCUCUCACUAGAUGCUGAUCCAUCGGACGAUGAAGAUGACAAUGCGGAUGACAAGACUGAUAAUUUAUGCAAGAUCUCCUCCCAUUGGCGGUCGCCUCUUGUAAAACUUCGAAAUCUGUUUCAAUUCAUACAGGCCUUCUCCAAGAGAAAAAUUAAAUGAUACCAUAUGAAAAUUUUACAGGUUGUUAAAAUUUCAAUGCAGUCAAUUUUGCUUCUGAGAAUAAAAUGGGUCACCACAUGACAAGUUAUACCUGAUAAACCCAAAUGGCCUGUUUACAUUGGAGGAAAUGAAUGUAUUGUGCAAAGUCAUUGUUGCUGAAAACUCUACCAAAUCUGUAUUAAUUAAUCUUGACAAUAUGUUGAUUAAUUAAUUCCAAAUAUGAGUAGCAGUUGCCAGAACAUUGUAUGUUUUAAUUCAUGUAGGUGUUAAAAUGUGACAGGGAUUUUGUCCUUACAGUUUAUAAGGAGUGAGUGAAAUGACGCCCCCUGAUUUAUGGCAUCGAGUUAAAUAUAUGCAAUUUUUUCACACAUAUGCUCCGUCCUCCUUUUGUUUCCCAGUAAAUUUACUUAAAUUUUCUAAAUCGUAUUGGAUUUUUAUUGCAGCACUGCAAAUAUUUAAAUAAUGAGCACAUAGUAGUUUAGUUUCCAAGUUUUUUUUUUUAAUUUAAUUUAUUUAUUUUCUUUUUUUUUCUUUGGUACUUAUAACUAACAAACAUUACAUUCCAGAAAAACAUGGUAUUAGUGUACACUAGGCAUAUAUGAAAAAAAAAUAAAAGUAAAAUUUAAAGAUUUCUACAGAAAAUAGUCAGAGACACAAAAUGAGAAAUAUUCUUUGUGGUUUUUCAUUCCAUCUGCACAAAAGUGUUCAGAGACUGCCUAGAGACUGCACAAAGCCCCGUACAAGUCCAGAAUCCACCUUUAAAUUUCCACGGAAGUGAAAUCAUUUGUUGUUACAGAUAGUGAAAAUUUAAAAGAAAUGAAAAAUUCACAUCACCUCUUUUGGUAAUUUUGCUAACUUUCAUACAAAAUCUAAUCGGAAAACACCAGCCUUUGUCCAGUCUCCCAAAAGCUAAGUGUAGCAUUUCCAAAGGUACCCCUCUUUGAAGAUAAAUGUGUCGCAGCUAGGCUUUGGAAUUCAUCUCAUCCUUAAAAUCCUGGAUCCACCAAUAGGAACUGUUGCAUAUUUCCUCUCAUGAGAUUGACUGUCUUUACUACAAAUAUUUUAAUGAAGUGACCCUAAGCAAGUUUGUCCAUUAGUCCAAUAUGUGGCAGCGCUUGAGAAUUCUACUAACCUAGCAAAAAAUCUGCCAGUCUUUUGCAGCCAUGUAAAAAUUAAUUUUGUUUGAAUUGAAAUCCAGUAAUUCUUGAUGUGCAGAUUCUAGUAAACAAACAUAACACCAGCCAAUCCUUUGUUUUAACUAUUGCAAGAUUUAAUUUGAUAUCAAAAGUGAGUUUCUAAUUUUUUACAGUGAAUAUAUUUUGCUGUAUAGUAUACACACCGACUUUUUUUUUUUUCUUUUUUUUUUUUUAUGCCCCCCCCCCCCCCCCCCCCCCCCCUGAGAUCGAAGAUCGGGGGUACAUAUUGUUUUUGUCCUGUCUGUCAUUCUGUCUGAAACUUUAACCUUGCUAAUAACUUUUGAACAGUAAGUGAUAGAGCUUUGAUAUUUCACAUGAGUAUUCCUUGUGACAAGACCUUUCCGUGGUACCAACAUCUUUGACACCUUGACCUUGGAGUUUGACCUACUUUUUGAAAACUUUAACCUUGCUAAUAACUUUUGAACAGUAAAUGAUAGAGCUUUGAUAUUUCACAUGAGUAUUCCUUGUGACAAAACCUUUCCGUAGGUACCAACAUUUUUGACCCCGUGACCUUGACCUUGGAGUUUGACCUACUUUUUGAAAACUUUAACCUUGUUUAUCACUUUUGAACAGUAAGAGAUAGAGCUUUGAUAUUUCACAUGAGUAUUCCUUGUGACAAGACCUUUCCGUGGGUACCAACAUUUUUGACCCCGUGACCUUGACCUUGGAGUUUGACCUACUUUUUGAAAACUUUAACCUUGCUAAUAACUUUUGAACAGUAAGUGAUAGAGCUUUGAUAUUUCACAUGAGUAUUCCUUGUGACAAGACCUUUCCGUGGGUAUUGAACCUUUUGACCUUGACAUUUGACCUACUUUUAAUUUUUUGUUUACAUUGGUCAUAACUUCUAAAUGGUAAAUAUUAAAGCUUUCAUGUUGUACAUGAGCAUUUAUUUUGACAAGAUCUUUCUACUGGUACCAAGAUAUUUGCCCUUGUGACCUUGGCCAUCUUCGGAAUUGGCCAUUAUCGGGGGCAUUUGUGUUUCACAAACACAUCUUGUUUUUUUUGUUUUUGUUUUUUUUUUAGAAUUGUGCAUGAAAAGUUUAUAUAUUCUAGAAAAGGGCCAGAUGUGAAUUUUGUAUUGAAUUUUGGAAAAGUUUUUUUUUUAAGAUGCAUUGAUGUGAGAUGAGAGGGCCUAUAUGUUGUUCAUGUUGUGUAUUUUGAUAGAAAUGUAUGUACCAUGUUUUAUAAUCAGUACCUGUAUAGAUUAAUUAGUAUAAUGUUAAUUAGGAAAUGCUGUGAAGAGCUUCCCACUCCAUCGGCCUACGUUUGAUAUACAUACCGGUAUUUUCCAUGUUACCAUAAGUAGCAAAUUGUUCAUGUUUUUUCUUUGUAUUUAAAACCCUUCUUGUAUUGCCUGCAGCAUUCCAUUCCACGUAUGACAUGUUUUAAUGAUGUUUGGCGAAUACUGUACAUAACACCAUUUUUCAUGGGGUCAGAAGAGUUGAGAUAAUGUGGGUAGUGGGAUCUUGAAUUCAUCCUGGUUGAAAGAGGAGAUGGUGUCUUUUUCAAUUUUUUUGGAGGACAUGAAUUCAAAUGUUUGCCCCACCCACUAAUGUUACAGAUAAAAAUAAAACUCGCAUGAAAAUUGGUGGUUUUACAGUAUUUGAAAUAACUUCCAUAAAUGAUAACAUUUUAAUGUCAGUGAUGUGUGCUACAUGAUUUAAAUGAUAACAUUUUAAUGUUGUCAGUGAUGUGUGCUACAUGAUUUAAAUGAUAACAUUUUAAUGUUGUCAGUGAUCUGUGCUACAUGAUUUAAAUGAUAACAUUUUAAUGUUGUCAGUGAUCUGUGCUACAUGAUUUAAAUGAUAACAUUUUAAUGUUGUCAGUGAUAUGUGCUACAUGAUUUAAAUGAUAACAUUUUAAUGUUGUCAGUGAUAUGUGCUACAUGAUUUAAAUGAUAACAUUUUAAUGUUGUCAGUGAUCUGUGCUACAUGAUUUGAUUAUAGGGGUAGAUCCAGAAAAUUUGCAAACGAGGGGGGAUUAUUUUGAAUGAUACUAUUUUGCCCUCCAAAGAAAGGGGGUGACAUAUCCCUCAAAAUAGCCCUUUUUUGGAUUAUAAAAUAAUGCACACACCCCACCUCGUAGAUCCAUCACAGAAUUGUUCCCCCUGAUAAACAUGUUUUUAGGGAGGAUAAAUGCCUUGACAAAAUUAUAUUGGAGAUUGCUGCGCUAUUGUCAUUUAUUUAGAUAUCUGCAUAGUGCAUGUAUUUGCUUUGGGCAAAACAAAUGAGUUCUUUAAAAAGGUGAAAUAAAGGAUGUAGGGUAACAUUCCAUUAAAUUUUAAAGCACUAAUAUUACCAUAAUAAGAUUUUUUGUACAGACAUACAUGUAAUAUAAGAGUGAAUAAGUAUGUAUUAAGAUAAAAUAAUUUCCGUUGCAGUAUCAAUAUCACAUAAACUUGGGGGGAAAAGGAUUGAUGAAAAUGUGAACAGUUGUAGAUUACUAUUUGAAUGAUUAUACUGUCAUUGAAAGUAUUUGUUUUACAAGGCCUUUGUCCUCUGGAGUUAUUCCAUUCACUGUUAGUACACUCGCAGUCAUAAAUGGUGCUAGUUUUGUCAGUAACUUAUUAUCACCCUAGUCUGUAAGUCAUUUGUUAGCAUGCAUCCUACUCUGAUCAUUUUUGUCUAUACAUCAUGCAAGUUUCUGAACUUCCAAUGGGGGAUAACUAAGGGAGGUAAGCGGAUACCGGAGUGUGAUAAAUUACAAGAUAUUAUCAUUUUAUUUAUUUAUAUGUGAUGUGUAAUAUUUGUAUUUAAUUAUGGAGAUUUUAUAGAAUCUACUAGUCUGUCUGAUGAAAUUAUUACUAUAUAUAACCUAACCCAGUAACACAUGCAUGUGAUGUAGCAGCUGAAAUGUUUUCACAGUAAUGUAUGGGUGAAAAUUUGAAUAACUUGAGGCACGUUUCUUGAUUUUGGAGACGGGAUAAUAUUGUGGUAUUAAUGUACAAGUAUAUCAAAUAUAUACAGUUAACUUUGAUAAAUUUCUUUAUGAAAAUAUAAAACUUGAUAAUUUAGGAACUUGUUUUAUAUGAAUAUUUAUGUAUUGAGAGAUCACAUUAAUUUUUGGGCAUAUAAAAAUCUGUUCAAAAUCAGAAAAUCAAGUGCUGAUAUUCUGAGAUGUGGUAUUGAUCAGCACAUACAUUGAAUAACGACGUUGUUAUAAAAGCUUUUUGAAUAUUUGAAACAUUGAACGUUACCCUGCACACUGGGAAUCAGAAGAAGUGGUAGAGUGGUCUGCCCCUGAUUCACGUGUUGUAGUGCAUGUAUUUGUGUAGUGUGUAUAGGAUUAGUGGUUAAGAGAUUUACCAACCAGAAAUCAGUAAUGACAAAGAAUCUUAGCUUGUUAGAGUGGGUUUCAAUCUUGUAGGAGACUUGCACAUUUUUGUAAUUUGCAAACUCUGAAAAAAAAUUCAAAAGAAAGUUCUUUGCAAAAUCUGGAAAACCAGCUUGAUUACCCUUUGUUUACUUUGGUUAUAUCAUUUCAUUAUUACUUGAUAUGUCCGACAGGAGUUUAUUGCCAAAAACGAUGUUUCUUUAGCGUUGCCUCUCUCUCUCUUUUUUUUUUUCUUUUAUUGGAAAUGGGGCGGUACAUAGAAUUACCGAAAUACCCAUGAUUUACCGAAAUACCCCCAGAAAGCACCGAAAUACCACCAUAACCUACCCUGAAAUACACAAUGUUUUCAAACCAAGUAUUUAAUAAUUUAUGGAAUUUUUCUUGUAUGUUUCACACCGGAGACGGCUUGAGACAAGAAUCGUAACUCUUGUUACAUGGAACUACAUGUAUCAUAAAUGUCGAUAAAAUAUCGCCACAUACAAACAUACUGGUACAGGUAUUUAUUUAUUUUAUUUUAAGUGAACAAUUAAUGAUUGUUUUCUCAUUAUGAUUAUUUGCAAGCUUAUUUUGGCGUUUGAUGUUUAGGAAUGACACAAAUCAUUGUGCUCUUCUACCCGCAAGAAAAGCUGAGCGGGUAAUAUUUUCUUCUUGUUAAAGAUAAAGAAAGCAAUAUCAUCUGCUUGGAUCAAACUGAUUCUAUUCUCACAGUUAAAGGGGGUAUUUAAUGAGAUGAACAAUUUACUUCUCAAAAAUUUGAAAUAUACAAGAAAAAUUCCAUAAAUUAUUAAUAUAAAAACUUCUUAUACAAAUAUUUGAAUUACAAUACAAUGUAAUAUGAAAUGAACAAGUAAGUUAGGGGGUAUUUCGGUGUUUUCUGAGGAUAUUCCGUGAAAUCACGGGUAUUUUGGUAAUUAUAGUUACCUGAAAUGGGACUAUCUAAAACUUAAGGAUUUGUUUAAGAAUGGUGCAGACUUUAUAAGAGUAAAAACGUUAAGCAGAAAUACCCCAUAAAUAAGAAGAAUUUCAUUUAUCUUUUUAAAGAAAGUUAUGAAGAAUUGGUUUUGACCUCAACCUCUAAUUUUGUGACCUUGAAUUUCUAUGGGUAGGUUCCUCAGUGACUUGUGGAGUAUGAUAAAAUCACGCUAAGUUAUCCUUCGCCUUUUCAGAGGGAAUUUGUUCAUGUUUUCCACAGGCUGACGUAUAAUUUUUUAUAUCCCCCCCCCCCCCCACACACUGUGAUAGCAUAGUAAUGUAGGUUAAGAUGAUAAUGUAUAACUCCAUAUGAUUAUGUAUUACUUAGACUGUACUUAAUUGUUAGAAAGGCAUAAAUGAACGUGCCAAGUUUGAUCAAUGUUGAAUAAAUGUUACAAGUUGUU